UCCCUACUGCUCUGAAAAUAAUAUUUUAUGUUUUACAAUAUGAUCAUUGAGUGUUCUAAAAAUUGCUGUUCCAAAUACUUUUGCAAACCCAAUUACUAUAGAUCUUGGCCUGUAGUUACUAAUAACAGCCUUUUCCUCUUUUUUGUAUACUGGCUUAAUAAUUGCAUAUUUUAAUCUUUCUGGAUAUAGACCCAUGGUUAAUGACUUAUUAAUUACAUAAGUUAGAGGUUUACUAAUUUGUUGUCUGCACAGUUUUAUAAUUUUAUUGGUUAUGCUAUCAUAACCUGAAGAGUUCUUUUAUUUUAAUUUGUUAAUUAUACUUCUGCAAGAUUUUCGGUUAUUGAUGUGAAAUUUUUAUUAAAACUAUGAGCAGCUUCAUCAAUAUUUAUUUUUUUACUAUUAUUUUGAAAAGUGUGUGGUAGACGUUCUUUAUUAUUAUCGCUAUUAUUUCAGUGUCAAUGUUCCAGAUAGUUUUUAUUUUGUUUUCAGCUGAUGUAAUUAACUGAUUAUAAUAUUUCCUUUUAGCUUCUCUUAUUACUCUUCUUAAUAACAUGCAGUAGGAUUUAUGGUAUGAUUUAAAUAAAUAGUUGUAAUUGUUUCUAAUGAUAAUGAAGAAAGAUUCCUUCCAUCUACAGGAGAAAGCACCAGAAGAAAAUAUUUAGAAGAAAAAGCAUCACAUUUCAAAAUGUCCGAAACAGAAACCAGUAGGUCCGCUCGGCCAGAAAUAUUGAUGUGGUUUUUAAGCCGUUCAAUUUUUGUCUGGCAGCAGAUUGUUUUGGGUGCUCAGCGAAUUAUGAGAGAAUUGCAUACCUCUGAAUUCUUGGACAUGACUGCAGUAUAUUUGGUGCAACAUCCCAUAAUGGCACUCUUCCUUAUUUCUGUGGCAUUAUGUUGUGGAAUUCCAGUUUUGAUGUUUGUUCUAUUUGCUGUUCUGACAGUGGUUCUUACAUUUGCUGGAUUUAUUGUUGUUGAAGGAACUAUUUUGACGGUGGGCUCAGUAUUGCUGUGUGGAUUCCUGUUGGGCAUGCUUGUUGUGAUGCUGACAUUGGCUGCUACAGUAGGAGUUGCAUACUUUGGCUUUAUGGAAAUCUAUGGAUUGUUGCACAGUCAUCCAGAAAACAGCCCAGUAUCACAUUACUUGUCAAGUACUGUAUUGAAACCAGACUAUUCAGUCUGUCCCCAGAGAAGUCCGAUGAAUGUGAGCCAGCAACAGCAUGAUAAUCAUCAUGAAGAUUAGGUUCUACUCUUAUAACACAAUUCGAGUUAACAUAGUCUUUCAAUAGUUGAGAGAAGUAAAAUGUGUGAUCUUACAGCUGUAAUUAACCUGUUAUUGAAAUUACUCUGUUUAAAGUGACUUUUAUAUACAUUGAAGCUGAUUAUAGUGAGGAAAUAGGCUGAUGUUUGACAUGCUGUAUACUGAACAUUUUCACCCUUGAAUAGUAUCAGAACUAAUUCUCCUCUGUUAUUUAUUUUUCCAAACAGUAUUUUAUGCAUAUUUCAGGCUUUCACACAGUUCAAUACUAAUGUGGAUUCUGUUUCUGGGUGAUGGCACUCUGUGAAUGUAGGCUGUUUUACCAACAUUUCAGAGCUCCUUACUGUGUCCAGCUUCAAAGCAAAGUGACAAUGCAAUGGCAUCUGUCUGUAUAAUAUUGUAAAUAUCAGUUACUAAGUCUGUUAUAAAUAUCUUCAUUUUGAAGAUGGAGACAGUGAAGAUUUCCAAAAUGUUAGCAGUACUUUUAUCCACAUUGUGUUGCUGUCACAAAAAGGAUGCACAUCGGAAAUAAUUGAUAAGCCAUUCUUGAUGAAGUAAUUGCACUGAUUGAUUACUGGAUAUCUAAAUCCACUUAUUCAAAAACCAAGACAGAUAAUAUCAAUUAUUGUGAUGGCCAGAUUAAUCAUCAUAUUUUCCGGGGUUACAGAUUCCAGUCCUGAAUAAACCAUUCAUAUUUAUGCAUA